AUGCAUCAACCUAUAAUUCCUGGGUUACCGGACGACCUGGCCUUGCGGUGUCUGGCAAAGGUAUCCCAUGGAUACCACGGACUGCUUGAAGCUGUCUCCAAGAGCUGGAGGGAUAUAAUUCGCAGCUCUGAUUAUGCCCACUAUAAAGCAAAACAAGGAUGUUCUGGUGAUUGGUUGUUUGUUCUUACUGAGCAGUCUAACAACCAAUGGGUUGCCUUCGAUCCUGAAGCUGAUCGGUGGCAUCCCUUGCCAAAGGUUUCUGGGGAUUGUGCUGGCCGGCAGCAUUUUGGAUUUUCCUGUGUUUGUGUUUAUAAUCGACUCUUAGUCAUUGGCGGCUCCUAUGCACCACUGGAUUCAUCAGUUCCCAUCCAAAGACCUUUAAUAACAGAUAACGUUCUCCAGUUUGAUCCAUUUAAGAAACAGUGGACUAGUGUGGCAAGAAUGCAAACACCCCGUUCUCACUUUGCUUGCAGUGUUAUCUCCGGUAAGGUUUAUGUUGCUGGUGGGCGCAACUUAUCUUGCACCAAGGGGCUUGCGCUUGCUGAGGUUUACGAUCCUUUAACAGACAAAUGGGAGGAAUUGCCGCCAAUGCCGACUCCAUUGAUGGACUGCCUAGGAUUAUCACAUAAAGGCAAAUUUCAUGUUUUGAGUGACCAGGUUGGCCUGUCAGAGACAAACAUAACUCAAGUGUUCAAUCCAUCCAUUAAUUCAUGGUGCACAAUGGAGGACAUCUGGCCUUUCUCAAGGGCAAUGCAAUUUGCAGUUCAAGUCAUGUGCGAUGGAAGAGUAUACACAGUUGUUGAUUGGGGUGAGAGCUUGAUUAAAACAAGGGAGUCUGAAGGAGGAGAGUGGUACACUGUUGGUUCAGUACCUUCAGUCAUUCUUGCCAACCACAUGCGGGCAUUGGAGGCCUUUAGUUAUGGUUUUGCUUCCCUAAGAGAUGAACUAUAUAUUUUGGGUGGAAAGGUUCUCAAGUGGGAAGAGGUAGGAGCUGGAAGGUUUGACAUUGUGAGAUUAGAUCUGGUGAGGGUUUGCAAUCCAGUAGCUAGGCCUUUAAAAUGGAAGGAAACUAGGCCAAUGUGUGAGCCAGCAUGUGGCUCUAUUCUAGGAUGUGCAUCCCUGGAAGAGGAAACUGGACUUGAUGGUGCACUUGUUAUGGCCAAUGCAGUCGCUGUUGAUAUUGCAUGGGUCACUAUACAAAGAAGUUAUCACCUGCAAAAAAUACUGGUGUUCUCUGAAACCAUAUAUUCCAAGAGAAAGGAGCCAGUGAAUUCUGAUAUGGCAAUUGCAACUUUUGCUAUGCGCGGGAACCGCGACUAUCGAUGGGAUCCUCACAGGCGUCACCAAAAUGUAGAAGCGUCUGACUUAAUCCCACCGCAGCCUCAACCUCUGCAAGAUUGGAAUACUAAUAAAAAUGUCAGUUAUAAAGCAGCAGCAGCAACAUUUGCAUUUCCAUAUGCAUAUGCUCGUCGUACACCAUCGUUAAUGGUGGGCCUAACUCUUAUAAAUGAAGCUGCUUCCAAGGGAGCUGUCUCCACCAAGCAUAUCGAAUCAGCUGUGAUUUUGAUCAUCAUGAUCAACUACAAACUAAGCAAAUCUGAUACUAUGGAUGCUUUCGUCCAGUCUGCCUCGACGGCUCUUUACCAGGAUACCACCUCCACCGAGGAUAUGGAUCAGGGGCAAACAGUUGGCUCAUUCAGUUGGAGAGUCAAGGUUCGUUACUGCGAUGGUGGAUCUUUCAGCGGAGACAGUCAAAAUGAGGCAGCACAACUAUAUUUUCGAGGACAAAGAAUCUGGUCAAUUGUAAUGGAAGAUUUGAUGUCGAAAGGAAUGCGCUAUGCUAAUCAGGCUCUUCUGUCUGGAUGUUCAGCUGGGGCUUUAGCAUCUAUACUACAUUGUGACGAAUUCCGGCAGUUAUUUCCAAAAACUACCAGAGUCAAGUGCCUCAGUGAUGCUGGUUUAUUCCUUGACGUGUAA